CCUCCCUCGAUGAUUCUAUUGCAGAACGAAUCAAACAUAAUUUAAAUUUCAUUCGCUCUUAAGCUAAAUCUAUCUCUCUUAAUUACACACUGAUUAUCAUUUAUCAAGCAACAAACUGAAUUAAAUAAAUUCACUUCACUUAAUCCAUUUCCUAAUUGCUCUAUAAUAACCCAUACAAUUGACCUGCCAAAAACCAAUUUUCCUCUUGCUCCUAUCAAAUUGAUUACCUAAAAAACUAGGAACAAGAACACACUUAGAACGACACAAGAUCAUAUCAAAUAUAAAAAUUGUCCAAUGAAACUCCAGUAGGAGACUUCAAUGGUGACACCACACCACUAGUGCUCAAUAGAUUCCACUCAGUCGUCGAUGAAGCACUUCCCGUGGACCUGUGCCACCACUGGCCUAACUCUCGUUCUCCAUCACCAUCAUCAAUAUUCUCCUCACCAAAAUCCUUGUGGAAUCCCUUGUGAUUUUCUUGAGAAACAAACAACUUUUCAUCAAGAUCACUCUCUUUGCCCUCCCACGCAUGUUCUUAUUAUUUUCAUUUUCUUUGUUUACCUUCCCUUGAAUAUUUCGCUUUGCCCUCUCUUUUUGUUAGACCUUAGCCUCCUCUAGUAAAACUCCAUUUCUCCUUUUCCAUUGUUCGCUGCUCAUUCGCAUAUGUUGGUAGAAGCCUAACAAGAAAGGGAAAGAGAAGGCAACCCUAAUAUAAUCAAGCCCAAUAGAAAAGAAAAGAGUUGGGUAUUCGAUCUGCCCUGUCACUACUCUCAUCCCCCUACUCGAGUACCUAACCACUAUUACUCCAGCUUCUCAACCCCGUCACGUCGAAUUUGAUAAUGUGAUGAUAAUAUUUAUCAUGUCCUAAAUUUAAAUUAUCAGAUUAAUAAUCACCCUUGUCAAAGAAAUGAAAUCUUCUACGAAGAUUAUCUCAAAUUCGAGUAGACACUAAUGUGCAUGCAUCAACCAACGCCUUUUUCUUUUGCUUGCCCUUACUAAUUGAUAUGUCCUAUAAUCUCCUAUUAUUUUGGUUCUUGAUCAUGGAACCAGAUUUGGUUUUCUCUCUGUUUAUCAUCUAAAAACAUGCAGAUAUACCGCCAUUGCUUUGUAAAGUUUAUCCAUAAUUAAGAUUAUUGUUCACAUUGUAUGUCACAAUAAUAAUUCAUUAAUUUAGAUAUCGUUCUCUAUAAAAAUUGAGUACAUAUUUGUAAUUUCUUGAGUUGGAUUUGCCUACUUUCAGAAUUACAUGUUUUAACUAACGUUAGUUAUUUAUGCAUAAUGAUUGUGAUUUGUCAAUCAACUUUACUGAUUAUCAAUUAUUAAGCAGAAGAUUGAAUUAAAUGAACCCCACUUCAUUAAAUCACAUUCCCACUCCAUAAUAACCCAACCAAUUAAUCCACCGAAAACAAAUUUUCUCGCCUGAUCCAUCCAACAAUCUUAAAAACUACAAACAAGAAAACACUAAAAAUAGCACAAGAUCGGAUCAAACAAAAAAUAAUGCAACACAAAAUGCCUGAAGAAGCUCCACUGGGAUCCUCUAAUGGCGCCCAAUUGCACCUCCUCCCCCUUCCUCCUCAUUCCUCCGCCAAGAUGGUCACUUCCACCUCCGCAGAUGGCACACUCUCCGUCGAUCUCCACCACCACCGCCACCCUAGCUCCCAUUCUCCAUCAUCGCCAUCGUCAUCAACAGCCUCCUCCCUCUGCAGAAUCAUCGUCGAAUCCCUAGAAAUUUUAUUGAGAAACAGAGCACUCUUCAUCUCGAUCACUCUGUUUUUCGCCUUCCCUCUCUGUUUCCUAUUAUCUUCCCUUUCUGUCUCAUCAAUCCCACUCAGAUCCAAGAUCCUCCGCCUCGAGUAUCUCGCCACCGUCGCCCCGACCCACUACGAGUCCCGCCAGGUGUGGAAGGAAUCCCGCGAGGUCUUCCUCUCUCUGCUUCAGCUCAAGCUCCUCCACCUCGUCCCUGCGAAUUCGAUCGCUUUAAUCGCCGCGAUCUCCGCCGUCACCGCCGCCGAUUCGGGCAGGAAGCGCCCCGUCGGUUUCAGAUCCGCGAUCGCCGCGGUGCGACCGGCGUGGGCGCGGGUCGCGGCGACGGCGAUCUGUGUGUACGCGAUCUCGUGGGCGUACGCCGGGCUGCCCGCCGCGGCGGCGGCGGUGCUGGCGCCGGGGAUUGGGAGGUCGGGGGUUCGAGUGGGGAUUUGGGUUGUUGGGUUGGCCGUGGAAGUGUAUAUGAUGGCAGUGAUGGGGAUGGCGUUGGUGGUUUCGAUCGUGGAGCGGCGGUCGGGUUGGGAGGCGAUUCGGGUCGGGUCGGAUCUUCUGGAGGGGAGGCGGGUUUGCGGGUGGGUUCUUUCCGGUGGGAUGGCGGCGGCGACGGGAGUGAUUGGGUGGAGGAUGGAGGAGGCGGCGGUUGAGGACGUGAUGACGGCGACGUGGGUGGAAAGGUGGUGGGAGAGGGCGGUGGUGGUCGGGGUUUAUGCGGCGGUGGUGGUUUGGGGGUUCGUCGUUAGCACCGUUUUUUACCGGGAGGCUAGAAAGCGGCAUGGGAUUAGGGAUCAUGAAAUGGAGAUUUUGGAGGCUUGACAUUUUUUUUGGGUUAGAAGAUAGGAAAAAUACAAGGGUUUUUUUUUUGUUUGUUUAGGGAUUUGUUGGAUUUGCAUUUGAUUUGUUUGUUGUUGUUUAUUUGCUUGUUUGUUGUUGUAAUAUAAAGCUUGAAUCGCUAAUUUAGAUAUGGUGUGCUCAAGUUUUGGUGAAGUUCUUGUUACGAAGUACAUUGGAUGAUUGAAAUAGGAUAUUUUGGUAGUUUGAGAGUAUUGAAUAAUGUUGAGGUAUCUAAUACUUAAUGAUGUUCGAUUUUGUUAUUGAUGGAAGAUUAUAGAUAAUGCGGAUUUAAGCGUUUAUGGAGUAGAUAUUUUAAGUAUGAGAUGGAACAAUACUAAUCAAUUUAUGAUGUUUCUAGCUCGUUUGUAGUUCUUGAAUUAGAUAAAAUUCUUUGUAUAGUUAAGAUGUUGUUUAACUUGAAAAACAGGUUUAACUUUUUGAAUAUUUUUAUUGUUUCAUCAAAGAUAUUUAGCGGUUGAAAAAUUGAGUGGAUGGGAAGUAAUGAGAGAAACCCUACUCAAAGCAUUUAUUACUAUCAACUUAAAGCAAUUAGUUAUUGAGUCGAGUUCUUUGGUGAUGAAAUUAUAUAGGGAAUUGAAGGAAGUUUCAUUUGUUUGAUUUGUCAACAAUGGAAAAUUGGUUAUGAUCAUGACUAGUAACUAAUUAGCCCAUCAACUCUCAAGUUUAUGUCAAUUGUACUAACAAAAUUUUGUCAUGUGA